AUGUGGAAGGGAGCAAGAGAGUGGGGAGGGGGGACAACUUCACCACACCGGAUUGGAGCAGAAGGGGCCAAAGUUAGCCUUAAAACCAAGUGGAGAUCAGAUGACAUCCUUCAGAUGCCCAGAGCUAGGAGCAUCGUUGCUGAGAAGGAAUUAACCCCACUGGAGCCUCAAGUGAUGGAUAAUCUGCCACUUUCUAUUUCUAAAGCAGGCUCGGCAUUGUGUCAUUGGAGAGUCACACAGUUCUUGAAGAAAUGGGGCAAACAGCCCAAUAACAAAGUUUUGGACUUAAAUAAUUGUGCAUUGAAUGCAACAGACAUAACGGCACUCAUUGCCAUGAUACCUUUGCUGCCAGACCUGGAAGAGAUUGAUCUUUCCUGGAAUGAUUUCAUAGGAGGAGCUCUUGAGCCUCUUGCCCUUCAGUUCAAACAUCUGCAAGAGCUAAAAGUUCUCCGAUUGAGCAACUGCAGACUAACAGCCAAGGAUGUUGCUUCUUUAGGAGAAGCUCUUGAAGUCCUUCCACACCUUGAAGCACUGGAUUUAUCAUGGAAUAACGACAUUGGUGGGAGCUUUUCCCUUCUAACCCCCAAAAUCGCCAAAGGCUGUAAACUUAAAACACUAAAGGUGACAGAUUGCUGUUUAAAGCCUGAAGAUGGUCAGUCACUAGCUCAACUUCUAAACAGGACCUACAGCCUUGAAGUACUGGACCUGUCUAUUAAUAAAAAUGUAGGAUAUUGUCUGAAGAGUAUUGCUCAAGAAUUAAAAUAUGUCUCUGGCCUGAAAGUACUCAAUUUGCACAUGUGUGGAUUAAAGAAAGAUGGAUUCCAGUGUUUAAGUGCUGCUUUAGAACACUUACUGGAACUAAGAACAUUAGACGUGUCAUGCAAUAAAGGAAUUGGAGGAGGUUUCCAGAACUCAGCAGCUCAGUUGUCCGGUCUAAGUCACCUUGAAGUCCUGGAUCUUCAUCAGUGUUGUAUUACAGAAGAGGACAUGACAGUCUUAACCCAGAUAAUUCCUCUUUUGUCAAACCUUAAAGAGCUGAAUUUGUCAUCAAAUAAAAGUGUUGGGAUGUCUUCUGAACACCUUCUCAGCCGGCUCCGAUUUUUACCUAACUUGAAAUCUGUGCUCCUCAGCAAUUGCUCUUUACAGAAUGAGUCAUUUGCAUCUUUAGCCGAAGCUGCCCUUCACCUUCCUGAACUGGAGAUAUUAGACCUUUCUUGGAAUAAAUGCGUUGGCGGGAACCUAAAGCUGAUUUUGAAAGCGCUAAACCUUGGAGCUGAGAUCCAAGUGUUAAGACUGAGCAGCUGCAGCUUGAUAGAUGAGGAUCUGGCAUGCUUUGCCCUGGUUAUCCAAGCUGGGCAUCUGACUAAACUACAGAAGCUGGACCUUAGCUAUAACCACCACAUCUCGGACCACGGAUGGGCAACGUUCUACCAAGGCCUCGUGGCCCUCGAGCAGCUUUCCGAACUGGAUGUCAGUCUUCGGCCAUCAUUGUGCUGCGAUUGUGGGGAAUGGUUUAGCCAACUGUUGGCUCUCUUGCCAAAGCUACUCAUGCUCACAGAGCUGGGCCUGCAAGGCUGGGUUCUCUCCAAAGACCAACAGAAAAAACUGGAAAGUAUCUGCCAAAACAAUGUACUAAAUAUUCAUGUUGACUUUGGGCAUGGGGCCUGAAUUUCUGGACUAGCACAAUGGUCACCAGCUGGUGGCUCAAGAGCUCGUGUGUGUGUGUGUGUCCCCAUCAGUCUGUCACUUUGGUGCAUGCCUUCUGUGUUCACCAUCGCUGCUGCUGCUGCUCCUGCCACUCACUCUGUGCUCUCCAUUCCCAGACAAGCCCGUUGCGCAUGCGCUCCCCCAUGCCCAGCCAAGCUGGCAAGCAGUGGCAGCAAACUGGCAUGGCAGCAGCAGCAGAAUCAUCUGACCUGUAGGGUAGCAAGAGUGGCCAGCCGGCCAACCAGAAGAGAGGGGAGGGGGCAGAUGAGUGAGGCAGUCCGUGUUCCAAGGACAUCUUGGAACACUAGUAGUUCCGCCCCUGGCUGGCUUCUACCAGAAAGGCCGGGUGAGACCCCUGUCUGAAAUCCUGAAGAGCUGCUGCCAGUCAGUGCAGACAAUACUGAGCUAAAUGGACCAGUGGUUGGACUCAUGAAAUAGCUCCAUAUGUUCACAGAUAGGGGACACUGAAGCUCUUCUCUCUGGCUCCUGGGAUUUCAUUGCAAGAAUGUAAGAAUUGCCUGGCUGGACCACUACUCCGUCAACUAAUUCUAAACAUCAGAAAAGUAUUUCUUGAUUUGUGAACAUUUUUGCACAUUCUUUCUCCCCACGUUUUGUGUGUGUCUUUAUUCUCCUGGCUUUUUCUUCACAUCCUUUCUUAAAAUGCUCCUUCAUACUAUAAACCAAUAACAUAGUUAUUUCUUUUUGCCCUUCCCUUUGUCUUUGCCCUUCCCUUUGUCUUUUUUCCCUUUCCCUUUGUCUUUUUCCUUGCCCUUCUUCUCUUUCUUCUCUUUCUUGACUUUCCUUAGCAUUUUUAAGAUUUCAGCAUAGGCUCCGAUCCCCUUCCGCACCAUUAUGCCACGCCACCAAGCCUGGACCUGAAAAAGCCAAAAGGAUGUUAAAAUUGUCAAAAAAGCAGGUUUUCAAAUUUCAAAUGUUUGGGGCAGUGAUGGAUUCUACAUUCUGUUGUCUUCCUAAUUGGGGACAGGGUGGUGUAGGGUCAGUGAUAUAAAGAGGGGUGGGGGGAAUUAACCCUCUGGCAGGUAUACUCGCCUAAGGAGUCCUACUCUUCCUCUUUUCACAUCCAUUUAACAUCACUCCUUUCUAUCAGUGGCUCUGGCCCUUUCUUUACAGAAUCCGACAUUUUAUUAUGUAACUAGUUUUUUUUAGGCCCGUAAAUUAACGAGCGCUAGGAGAGUUGUGCGCUCCACCUGUGGCCUCCGCGGCCAG